GAUUAGUAUAAUAUUUUAUGUAUAGGUUUUUUACCAUUCGACGAAUGUGUACUUUUUAAACUUAUAUACGUACACAAAAAUUCAUAAAAACGUGUAGAGACGUGAAGUCGAUCAACAACACUUCUUUUGUGACUGUCACUGCGGGUAGGUAGAGGUACUUACUGAAGUGUUUAUUAAUACAAAAUUGAAUAGAUAUUUUUUAAUACGCGUACCUAUUUAAUAAUCCAUACAUUUAAUGUUAAGUUUGAAAUUUCUCCAUAAAUAUUUCAUUAAAUGUACAUUUCGUAGAUUUUGAAAAAUUGUAAUCACAGUUUUUGUUUCGAGUAUUGAGUAAGUGUACCAUCUAUAUUAUAAACUAUUAUACUUAUUUGAUAUUCCUUCUCGAAUGGCUAUUUCUGUUCUAUACCUGUACAUUAUUUAUAUUAAUUAAUUGAAAUUGUAAUUAGUUCAUUAUAUUGACAUUUGACAAUGUAAAUAAUGAUAUUUUACUUCUUAUAACCAUUAGGUAACAAAUAAAUAAGUUAAUGUAAGUAACUUUGUUUUCUAGUUCAGUUUAAAAUAUAAUACAGAAAGACGUACAAUAAUCAAAGUACAAAAUUAAUGUUGUAUAUUCAAAUGAAAACUAUUUUCAACUCAAGAAAGUAAUAUUUCAGUAAGUAUAAUAAUUUAGGGUUUCUAUAUUAUAUUAAGUAUUUAAACUUAAAACAAAAUUAUUGUGAGGGAUUGUCGUAGAGAAAUUAUUUAUUCGACACUCCAACUUAAAAAUAAUGUAUGUAUUAUAUUAUUAUACUAAUAAUAUAUUUAUGUAUUAUAUAUGUAUCAGUGCUUGACAUAAUAAAUAAUGGUGACCCGCCACUCAGCAUACUGCUCAAUGGUAUUCCCAGGUGGCGGGUGUAUUUCCAAAAAGGUAUUUUAAAACUUUAGCAUAACAUAAUAUUUUCUGUUUAUAUUAUUUUUAUACUACUAGGGUAACCAAAAAAGUUAAUUUUUUUACGUCAUAAUAUCUUUGUAUUUUAUUUUUACGAGUAUAAACAAUACUAUCGAAUCCUAUUUUAAGUAAAACAAAAUUUCAGUUUUGGAACAACGAUUUUAGGUGAAUAACACAGUGUAUAUACAUUUUAUUUUUUUUACGGUUUGAAUUAUCGUUGAACAGAAAAUAACAUAAAAAUUAAUCAUCAGAAUCUAAUAAGGAACAAUUAAUAAGAUCCUAUUUUUGAUAGGGAGAAAAACUAUAUUGAUCAAGUUAUUAGCUACGAAACGUAGAUAUAUUGAUAUUGCACGUAAUAUUGAUAAAAUCUAAAUCAGAAAUUACCCUUGAAAUUUUUUAUUUUUAUUCAAUCUUUUGUGUUUUGCGGAUAGGCUAGACCUAACCACUUUGUCAAUUUUGAUUUUAAUGAUAUCAUCUAAUGGACCUUAUUUGUCUCUCAUUAUAUUCUGAUGAUUAAUCUUUAUGACAUUUUUUGUUCAACGACAAUUUAAACUGUAAAAAAAAAAAAAAAAAAUGCAUAUAAAUUGAGUUAUUGACCUAAAAUCGUUGCUUAUGAACUGGAAUUAUUUUUUUUCAUAAAAGAAGAUUCAAUGGUAUUGGUACGCCUGAAUAAAUUUAUUAUUUAUUUAAUAAUUCAUAUAUUAUGAUGAAUAAAAAUAAUAAUCGACAGUUGUAAAUAAUUAAACAAUAAAAAAAUAAAAAUAAUUAAUAAUACUUGAUACAAAUUAAAAAAAAAAAAAAUAGCAAUAAAAUUAAAACUAAAGUACAAUACAAUAACUGGAUUUAUAAAAUUUAGACUAGUGUUUUCCAAUCUGGGGGCGUCAGAAUAUGCUUGUUUUAUCAACAUUUAUAUUUAUUAAAUUAUUUUUAUUUUGUAAUGUAGGGGAAAAAUUAAAAACGAAUAAUGACCGAUUAUCGGGUUAAUUUUGUGUUGAUGACUUGUUGUUAAGUUGUUUGUGGUUAAAAGGGGGUAGGCACGAGAUUUUUAAAAAUCUAGAAAGGGAGCGGUAAAAUGAGGAUAGGAAACACUGAUUUAGUUAUUGAUAACAUAACACAGUGGUAUUUAUAGCUUGAGAUCAAACAGAAAACUUUUAUUUGCCUUUUCUAUACGUAGUAAAAUGUUCAAACCAUUUUAGUCGUUUUUGGACUAUUUAUAAACAUUUUAAUUUUGCGAGUUUUUUACGAAAUUUUUAUUAGGUAGGUACACUAUGGAUAAAAUUAUUAAACUCAAAAAUGCUUUAAAAUUUAACAGAAGCUUCAUUAUAAGUCAUAUUAAGUAGCCAAAAUAUAUAAAAAUUGAGUGUAAUGCAGAAUUUUUUUUUAUAAGAAUUUUAGGAUCAAAUGUUGACGUAAAUCAUAAAUACUACAGCCUUUUAAAACAUGUGUAACCGAACUCCACUCAAAAUCGUUUUUAAUUAGCAAAAGUUUAUCGUUGCUUACAGGCAGGUGCGUGUAGAAGAGAUGUUUUAGGGGUUCAAUUCCCUCCUCGACAUUUCAUGAAAAUUAUGAUUAGAGUAGAUUUUUAUUAAUCUCAAAAGUGGUUUCCAUCAAUGAGAAAAAUAAAAAAAAUUUUGGUUUUAUUUUUAUUUUAUUAUUAAAUAGUAGGUAUAUAAUGUUAUUGUUGUAAUUUCUAAUUUUUGUGAUUUGCCUGCAUUUAGAAAAUUAUAACUGAUAUGGCGAUCUUGCAUAGUCCGUAUUAUCAUCACAAUAAUCUGAUUUACACGUUAUCAUUUAGGCCAUAUUCACUAGAAAAUUAUUAAAUGUACAAUUUGAUAAUAGAAACCUGAAAAUUUAAAAAUAAAUGUUAUAAGAUAUUGACAUUUUUAAUGAAAAAUAAAUAAUCAUAUAAUAUUAAAAAUAUGUAAACUUCUUUGUUACAAGAGUAUGAAAGUGUACAAAUUAAAUCCCCCCCCUGGAAUAUAUUUUUGUAAACGCACCUGCUUACAGGUAUAAAUUAAAUUCCCCUCUAUAUCCUACCUUCUCAACUUCUCACCUACAACAGUGGCCCACCUAUUAUGCGAAGUAUUUCGUCUUUUUUUAAAAUCAAUCACUUUUAUUUUAUAUUAAUUUGUAUUAUUAUUUUUACUUAGUUUUCAUAACACAAUUUCAAAGUUAAACAUUCAUAAACUGAUAGUUUAAUAUUUUAAUGGAUGUCCAGGACCUACUAUAUUUUAUGUAUUUCUUCUUUGAAAAAAUAACACCAUCACCUAAACAGAUUAUGAUUAUACAAUGUAUCCUUGGUAUAAUAUCUUUGUAGGUAUGUGUAUUAUAUAAAUGUAAUAUAAAUGAUAAUAUUUAAGUAAUCGUGUAGUUAUACUUGAUAAUGUUUUAUUAUAAAUAUAGGUAUACGUAAUCUAUUUUAUGUUGUAACAACGUGUUUAGAUUAAAUAAAUUAUCAACAUCUAAUAGUACCUAUAUAAACCCUAAAGAAAACAAUUUAUAAUAUCAGUUAUCAUUUUAUAGAGCAUCUAGACGAUUCACAAAGCAGCAUGGCCAAUAUGAAGAUCUAUUUAGCAAUAAUUGCAACAUUUAUCCUGAAAGUACGUACACACCCAAAUUAUUCUAUUUUUAAAUUGACAUGUAUUAAUUUAAUUAUUUUAACAAUAAAUCUGUAUACAAAUAUAUAUACAUUAUAUCAUUGGCCAUUCCAGAAAUUAUUUAUAGGCAUAAAUAGUGUUUGACACUUGAGAGAGGGGGUCUGAUGAUCUUUAUUUUUGCUCUUAUUCUCUUCUUUACUCUCAUGAUAUAUUAUUCCAAUGUAUUAUAGUUAAAGUAUUAAUUUCUGGAGGGAUAAGCCCCCCAACCCCCCUAUUUACGCCUAUGAAGUUAUAGUUUUUCAUAAAACUUUUGCCUGUUUCAAAAUAUGUAUUUUUCUGCCAAUAUCCUACCAUUUUCUAGGCCUUUGCAUAGUGAUUAACAGCAAUAAUUGGCCCAUUUAGAAAUACUACUUUAUAAUAGGUAACAAAAUUCAUAUUUUAUAUUAAAUAUUUAUUUAAUUGUAAGCUUACUUUAUUGACUAUGAUUAUACAACAUAAAUAUUAUAAUCAUAUAGUACAAGUUUCAAUAUAUUAUUGAAAUUUUUAUAUUUUACACAAAACUGCUUAACUAGAGUUAGUGGAUAUAAUGUUGUACAUAUAUAUAUAUAAUAUGCAUUUGAUUAUUUUUAAAAAGCCCGACAACCAUUGAUCUCCAUAUAAAGGGUCUAGAAAAUAGCAAGCUAUUUUCAGAAAAACCAAAUUUAAAACUUAAGUUUUUCGCAACAACGAAAUUAUUUAUUAAAUUAUAUAUUUGUAUAGGUACAUUUAUUUUACUGUUACUAUUUUAUUACUAACCUCUAAAAUAAUUUUAGUUUUUUUUUUUUAAUUAUUGUACAUCGACUUUGUGUGUUCUAGCAUGGUGUCUAUUCGUGUUCAUUGCGAAGUCAUACAUUAUCUCAUAGUUUUUCCGAUUCAAUUGCUACUCCACACCAUUCCUCGGUUCAAAAGCUUCAUACAAUACCAUCUCCUUGCAGUAAUCUAGCAUCUGACUCAAGUUCUUCUUCAUCAAAUAUUCUACCAAAUCGUUCAAAUGACAUUGAACCAGUACCACCUUUAACGGUUCUACCGAAUUCACCAUAUGUUUCCUCUUCUUCAUCUAAUAGUUAUAACCAAUCUCUUGUAAAUAUUUUAAUAAAACUUUUGUCGUCUUCUUUAGAAAGUACUUCUAUGUCGACCACUGAAGUAACAUCUACGUUUUCAACGCCACAUUUUGUCUCUAAGCCUUGGUCUUCGUCGUCCAGUCUGCCAUAUAGCCCAGUUCCAAGUUCUACUACAGUAAAAACAGUAAAUCCUGGUCAUGUUUCAAAACCAAAUAUCGUAACUAAACCUUGCGCUUCAUCAUCCAGUUCAAGCUUAUCAAGUGAUUUAUCAAGGACGUCAUGUGGUUUAAUUUCACCUUCUACUAUAAGCCUAGUUCCCUUACCAGCAUCCUCUACAUCGGCAUCAGGUUUUAAUUCAAACCUAGUGAACGUUUUACAAAAACUCUGUUCGUUAGUAUCACAAUCUACACCUGUAUCUGCUUCUCAUCCGCUGUGCAGUUCGCUUCUUACGCCAACAUUAAAUACAAAUUUGAAACCCGUUACAGUUUCAAAACCAAAAACUAUAACAUCUUACCAUAGUGCACCGUGUUCGGACUCAAGUUCUUUUUCAUCGAAUACACCAGGUCUUUCAUCUGGUUCGCCAUCUAAGGUUAAAGUUACCGAAACAGUUCCAUUAUCAACUUUUAAAGCAAUUCAAAAGACAAAUUUUGAAAAUAAUUCACCACGGGUUACAUCACAGACAAAAUCAGUUGCUCCACUAGUACCAGUACGAGCUCCACUAUCUACUUUAUCAACACUUUCAGAACACAACUCAGCAAUUAUAAAUUAUUUAAUUAAGUUAUUAUUGUGCACUCACGCACCCAUUAUAGUUACGUCUUUUCCUUCUACACUAACUUUAUCUAAACUAUGCUCACUUAUAAAACCUAAAUUGAACAUAACACCCGAUUCAACUCUAAAGCCAGAAACUGUAUCUUCAGUUAUUUCUACAAUACCACCCCAUUCAAGUUCUGGUCCGUUUUCAAGUGUACAACCAAAUUUUCUAAGAGGUUCAUCUACUAAACUAACUUUGACUCCUGUCAAAGUAACGACUCCACUUAUUCCAAUAUCAGUUCCAACGCCAACUUUUGGUAUUUCUUCUGGUUAUAAUCCAGCUUUCAUCAAACUCUUAAUUAAACAUCUGUUGUCUACUCCGUCUUCUCUAACACCUCAUUUGCAUCCAUCAUUUAAAUUACCUCAGCCUAUAAUAAAUACUACUCCAUCGUCUCCUUCCAUUUUAAAUCCAAUCCCAACGUCUACUUUUGACGGACCAGUAUCUAAUUUAAACCCAACUGUAUCUAAUAUAUUGUUAAAUAAAUCGUCCGUUUCAGCUCCAUUUUCAACACAAGUCCCAACGACCAUUCCAAAGAAAUCAUUAAGUUAUAAUCAAACUUUAAUAAACUUAUUGUUCAAAGUUUUGUCAACUGCUUCUAAUGACAAUAAAACACCUCUUACAGUACUUAACUCAUCAACAAGUUCAUUUUUUACGAAUUUCUCAAAUAGUAUUCCAAUAUCCACGUUAGCCCCGAGUUCAUUAACAAAAUGUAAUUCUUCCACAUCAUCAUCAUUUGAAUCUUCUGUUAAAUUAUCAGAUCUGUCACCUAUUACAGCUGUAACUUUGCCUGGUGAUCUAUUACCGACAACCGUUACACCGUCACCGGUUUUAAACCCAUUUGCAGAACAAAUUCGUGAUAUAAUUUCACCAAAAUCAUUUUUGCCACCUAUUUCGUCGAGUCUAUGUCACCGGAAACAUUCACGAUUAUCAAAAUUAUCUAGUUCCUCAUUAUCUGGUAUUAGUCCAUGUAUAAAAACUAUUUUACGACCGUUAGCUCCACCUUUAUCAUCACUAUGUUCAAAAUCUACUUUUAAAUUAAGUAUUGGUUGUAAGCCCCCAUGUUCAAACUAAUCAAUAUGUUCAAUACUAAAGAUUAAUAUAGGUAGACAAAAAUAACAUUUAUACAAAUUAUGAAUAAUGUCGGUUAUUUUUUUUUUUUUUUAUUAAAGCAAUAAAAUUUCGGCAUCUACGGCCAUUGGUUUGAUAGUACCUUAAAUUAUUAUAAUUGAUACAUAUUCUAAUCCAUUGCCUUAACUAAAGUAAAGUUCAUAUUAUGUUAAAAUAAUUAGAUAUUUUUAAAUACUUAAUUGAAUUAUGAAUAUCUUAUUCUUAUUAGUAUUAUACAAUUAGAAAUUAAAUAAUAUAUCUACCUAAUAAAUUAUAAACUUUAGUAUUAUUUUACAUAGUUAAAUAAGAAUAUUUGUUUAUUUUUAUUAAUUUGUGUUAUGUUUAUCUAAUAAAAUCAUACCGUGAAUAUAAC